CCAGCCACGUGCGCGUGGGUCAACUGACGUCGAGCGCACGCACAGGUAAAUGAACUGCAUCGUAGUCUAGAGCUGCCUGCGGGCGAGGGAGGAGCGUAAAGGGAAGAGGGCAGGUGUCCUGGUCGGCUGUGCUCACGUUGCCAAGAUUCGCUGUCUAAAAGAUUCGAGCAGGUGUUGGCUCCUCGUUUCUGCAUCGAAUCUCGCACCAGGUGCUCCGCUCCGCCACGCUCUGCAGCAGAGGAAAAGUUCAUAUUCUGAACCGCGCCCUGGGACUGAUUGGUUAUCAGUUGUUUUUGUCUGCCACCUUGCUCAGACUGCGAUUGAGACCGAGGAAGCGAAAACGCUACAGUGUAUCUACUUGACCAACAACCAUGAAGUUCGGCAAGGUGUUGCAGCAGUCGACGCAGAUGUCGCCCAGCGCAUGGGAGCCUUACUGGUUCGACUACAAGCUGCUCAAGAAGAUCAUCAAGGACUGCGCGAAGAUCAAGAAGGAGGAGAAGCUGCAGGGCGACAAACUCGUCAAGAUCAAGAUCAAACCCUCCGCCAAGGAGGACAACGACAGCAUCCGUCAGUCGCAGGACGAAAUGAACUUCUUCCGCACAUUGCGUAUGGAGAUCAAGAAGAUCGCCGACUUCUUUAUCAAGGAGCAGGCUAAGCACACGAGUCAGGUCGCUGCCAUCGACGCUAGCUUCCAGCAACUUAAGACGAACCCGGAGUCCGCUGAAGCCAAGACUUCGCUCAUGAAGAGCUGCGUAGCUCUGUACAAGGAGCUGUUGCUCCUGGAGAACUUUGCUGUGAUGAACUUCUGCGGCAUUUCAAAGAUUUUGAAGAAACACGACAAGUGGACGGGAUAUGCCACACGCAACAAAUUCAUGCACACGAUCUUGAUGAAGCAGCCAUUCGCGACGUACGAGCCGUUGUUGCACAUGAUUGAUCGUCUAGAACAUAUCUUCAUGCAGGCGACAGGUUCAAGUAUUGAGCAACAUGAUGCGCAGAAGUCUUCCUCUCGACGAAGUGGAGGUGGCAGCAGCUCGUCUUCCUCGCCUUCAGGAGACACACCAGACAGCUCAAACCCCGCCACUGGAGGACCCGGCGGUAAUGCUACUUCUGGCAACGAUGACCUCGCAAACCACUCGCCAAGUCACACGCCACCUGGAGCCAGUGGAGGACGCCAUGACGGACGCAGGUACAGAGGCGCAGUAGAUGAGUCGUCUCCAAGAUCUGAGGAUUCCGUGACGCUAGUGCGAGUGAACGCGCUACGCGAUGAUGUCCGGGAACUACGAAAGAUUGAGAGCGCUUAUGAUGGUGACGGAGAGUACGAGGAGAACCCGGACGACGCAACUUUCCCAGACGAUGACUCAGACGUACCGCCACUACGCUUUGGUGGUCGUCCACAAGAAACGAAAACUACCGGGAUGUUGCCCUCACUGCCGUUGCGUGUUGCUCCUGCCGGCACCCAGUCAGAUAGUGACGCUGCAGCCAUUGCUAUGCUGUCUAUGAAGGACGCGGGUAUGCGCACGUCUGGACUCAGCAGUGACGGUGGUGACAGUGCAACGGAUACUUGUCGGGCGCGGAGUACUAAGCGCAAAGCUUGUGGACCGCUAAACAUGGAAGGCAAGCGCAAAAUGAGCGUCACUGCGAUUCUCAACUAGCCAGCGGCAUCGGACAAACGAGCUGGAAUGAAGAGGGUCUUCUUCACGUGAAUAACUCGGUUUAUAUGCCGACAUUAAAUACACCAGCUAAGCUCCUAUUGGGGGAAAGGGA